AUGAGCAACUCGUCGAAAGUUGACGACACUAUAAGUGUUAAUACAUCGGACACAGCUAAUUUAAUAACAAAUGAAGAAGAAGCUAGCACGUCGCAUUUCACACAGCUUAAUAAAUCAAGUGAUAUACAGGAGUCAGGAGAUGGCAGUCAUGGGGUCCGACGUAGACAACCAGUACAAAAAAUUGAGCCGGGCUCAAUGAAUAUAUUAUCAGCCAAGUAUGAGAGUCUAGAUUAUGAUACAUGUGAAAAUCAUUUAUUACUUGACGAGGAACGGAAAAGAGGCUACCCAUUUGUUGUGUGGAAGGACAUAGCAAGAUGGUUUAUUGUGUUGUUGAUUGGAGUCAUAACAGCAUUGAUAGCAUUCACUAUAGAUAUAUGUAUAGAAGAAUUCUCAAAGAUAAAAUAUAAACAAUUAAAGAAAUCUGUUGACACAUAUGUACUGUUGGAUGAACUGUAUAUACCUUACUUGUUGUGGGUGUUGACCAAUAUAUGUAUAGUGUUCAUUGGUUCCAUGCUGGUCUCAUAUGUGGAACCAGUAGCUGCUGGCAGCGGUAUUCCUCAAGUCAAAUGCUACUUGAACGGCGUGAAAGUCCCACGCGUGGUGCGAAUAAAGACUUUGUUCGUUAAAGCUGUGGGUGUUAUUACUGCAGUAGUUGGGGGAUUGGCUGGAGGAAAGGAAGGUCCGAUGAUUCAUAGCGGUGCCGUGGUUGCCGCGGGUAUAUCUCAAGGGAAGAGCACCACUUUCAACAAAGACUUCAAAGUGUUCCAAUACUUUCGCGAAGAUCAUGAGAAAAGAGAUUUCGUAUCAGGCGGCGCUGCGGCCGGAGUUUCCGCGGCCUUUGGAGCACCUAUAGGAGGUGUAUUGUUCUCUUUGGAGGAAGGGACAAGUUUUUGGAACCAGGGUCUGACAUGGCGAACUUUCUUUGGGACAGUCGUCUCAACGUUUACACUCAAUUUUGCGCUGUCCGCGUAUCACGGUCACCCAGGGGAAUUGAGUUAUCCAGGUCUUCUCAACCUUGGUAAAAUGGAGCCGUUUCCGUUUCAAUUCUACGAGCUUCCGGUUUUCAUGAUGUUUGGAGUCGUUGGCGGUGUGCUUGGAGCUCUCUGGAACCACAUCAAUUACAAGCUGACCGUGUUCAGGAUACGGUACGUGGGCUCAGCGUGGUUGCGCGUGGUAGAGGCAUGUCUGGUGGCAGCAGUUAGUGCAUCUUGCGGUUUUCUCAUGAUGUUUCUCUUAGACGACUGUCGACCACUGGGAGAGGAUCCGACUAAAGUACCGCUGCAGUUAUUCUGCGCUGAUGGCGAAUACAAUACAUUAGCUGCGAUUUGGUUUCAAACGCCCGAAGCGUCAGUACGAUCAUUUUUGCACGAUCCCAUGGGCUCAUAUAAGCCAUGGUCACUGUUGGUGUUCGUUGUGGUGUAUUUUCUCCUAUCGACGUGGACUUUUGGCCUCGCGGUGUCCAGUGGCCUGUUUAUACCCAAUUUGCUGACCGGAGCGGCGUGGGGAAGACUUCUUGCUAUUAUAAUACAAUAUAUGCUUCCUGGGCAUAGCAUCAAUCCCGCGAAGUACGCGCUGGUGGGUGCGGCGGCUCAGUUAGGCGGAGUGGUCCGUAUGACUAUAUCACUGACUGUCAUCAUCAUAGAGACAACGGGACAAAUAUCCAACGCGCUGCCUAUCAUCAUCACACUGGUUGUCGCUAAAUGGACUGGAGACUUCUUUAACGAGGGUAUAUACGACAUUCACAUCCAAUUAGCUGGAGUUCCACUAUUACCGUGGGAGCCGCCGCCUCUCACUCACAAUAUAUACGCGUCUGAAGUCAUGUCGCACCCGGUGUUCACACUCAGAACAGUUGAGAACGUCGGUCAUAUAGUUGAGAUACUGAGGGUAGUCAGCUAUAAUGGAUUCCCAGUGGUGGACCCGCCACUAGCUGAUGAUGCGGAAGUGACGACAUACAAGCGUCUGCGUGGUCUCAUCCGUCGUGAUCAGCUGAUCGUUCUUCUCCAUAAUAAAAUAUACAACGAAAACGCCAACACCACCUGGUCGAACUUCAACGUAGACAUGGAUAUGUUCAGGAAGGAGUAUCCCAGAUAUCCGUCUAUAGAUAAGCUGGAUAUCCAAGAGUGGGAGAAGACCUGUAUGAUAGACCUCCGUCCGUUUAUGAAUCCGUCUCCUUAUACACUACCACACCGAGCCUCACUGCCGAGACUCUUCAGACUGUUCCGAGCCCUCGGUCUAAGACACCUGCCCAUAGUCAACGAUCAUAAUGAGGUUGUUGGCAUGGUGACUCGUAAGGACAUUGCUCGGUAUAGAGUAUGGAGACACAGAGGUCAUAUGGGUAUGGAGGAACUUCUACUUUCUAGUGAAAUUUAA